AAAGCACAUUGAAAUUCAGCUUUCAGAUGCAGCAAGACGGUGACAGUUUCAGUGAAAUUUGCAGUGCUGGGGAGAGCAUUAGCUCUGUCCUGACUGCGGUAACGUGACCGUGGGGUUCAGAUUUUAUAUCUGACAGAAGGAGUUGCCAUAGAGAAAAGCUGCUGUGAGAAACGUUAAAGUCAAGGAGAUGGUGCAGGUCUCCCAUCAGCUUUUAAAUCUGGCAGCAUUUCUGUGCCUAAGAAUAAGUGGUUCAAACCUGAUUUUUGAGAUCUGGUGAUACCUCAGGAGCAGGAAUCCUUCCAAGUCAGUGCUCACCUGUAGCUGUAAAUUUUUCCUGUUGGUUAUUUAGUAUUGGAAGAGGCAGAGAGAAGUCCUUUAAGCUGAAGGAUGAAAGGCUAAGAAAUUGUUUAAUUUAGGCCAUCAUACAUUUUUGGAGGAGAAAAAAAAGCACUGGAUUAAGUAUUAAAACAAUUAUAGUAUUAUUUUCAUUUAAUAUAGCCUCCUGUGUAAAAAUUACUAAGAAUUUGUAUCAAAGGAGAAAAGAAUUGAAGGGUCAUAUAAGAAGAGCCUAUGCUUUCCUUGAUGAGCGUUUACUCUUAUUUAUUUUCCUUCAAUUGACUCUCUGGUAAAACCUAUAAAUAGAGACUGGUUUUGUAACAUUUAAAAUGACGGCUCACGUCAAAAAGGCACUUCUGCUACUAACUAUACAAAUACAGGGAGCCUGGCAAGUGAUUUUCUUGCUAGCAGAGCUCAUAAACCUGGGCAGGACUAUUUCGUUGCUGAUUUAUGUAGUGAGUGAAGGAUUGCAGUCAUUUCUGCCAUUGACUACAGCCUGUUCCCAUUUUUCAUCUAACUUGACAGGACAUAUGUUCUUAUCAAAGUUCUUGAAUCUUAAGAAAGAUCAGGAACCCCUGUGGUACAAGUUCACUGAAUGCAUAGGAGAAAAAAAAAAAAAAAAAAAGUAACAGAUCAGUAACCGAAGAUGAAAAGUAUCUUUUAUGAUCUUAGUGUUCUUCGAGCAUUCCUGAACAACGACAGUUUCCAAGAGGCCACACUGUGCAUGUGUCACUUUGGCGGCCACAUGUCCAAUGUGCUGAGAGUCCCAUUUUGUCAAAUGUACUUUUUGUCAAAGCCGUACACGUCUGUACAGCUGCUGGCACAGUCUAACACGUGUCACUGUGGUGCAAAGAAUUCCAGAUAAAUGCUCCCGCCGCAGCAUGAGCAAGGGUGCUCAGGUGUGGUUCCAGCGCCCCUCGGUGCUGGGCGGAGGUGCCGGCUGCGUCAGCGUUGGCAGAGCAGCGCCAAUGCCCCCGGGAAGGAAAUGAGACUCAGCGGGAAACAGCCUCCACGGCCUUAUCCGCACGGAAUGGAGGGGAAAAAACUUAUUUCUGCAACAGACACACAAUAUUCUAGCGUGCUCCUUCAGUCUUUGAAUGAGCAACGUGGCCAUGGACUUUUUUGUGAUGUUACAGUCAUUGUGGAGGACCGGAAAUUUCGAGCUCACAGAAACAUCCUUUCAGCCUCAAGCACAUAUUUUCACCAGCUUUUCUCAGUGGCUGGUCAAGUGGUUGAGCUGAGCUUUGUAAGAGCAGAAAUUUUUGCAGAAAUUCUAAAUUAUAUUUAUAGCUCCAAAAUAAACAGUGUUCGAUCUGAUUUACUUGAUGAACUGAUUAAAUCAGGGCAGGAGCUGGGUGUUAAAUUCAUAGCUGAUCUGGGUAUACCUCCAGCUGAAGGGAAAAAUGUGCCAGGCGAGGUCAAAGACAGUGCUUCAGAAACUUCAGCUUCUAGUCCAAAUCAGAGAGAUGCUGAAACACAGGUAACGGUCAUCAGGCCAGAGGGUCAAGAAGCAACAGAUGGGAUGCCAGUUAUAACACAGUCAUUCUCCUUACAUGGCAUAGAAUAUGAGACUACAAAAAUUACAGUGAGCGAUUCGGAUGAUGAAGAUGAUGAUGUAAUUUUUUGUUCUGAGAUUGUUCCUCCAAAAGAAUGUACUAAAGACAAAAAUGCUGCAAGCCAGAACCAACCUUGCUCAAGUCCAGCUGGAACUUCUGACCAAAAGUCCUGUGGCAGUGGUGGGUCUCCCCAUUUGACAAACACCACAGCAGCUCAGAACCUCACUUUGUCGGCCAGUCAGCUAAGCCCAAACCAAACACAAUCAGGUGCUGAAUCACUCGUCUCGGCAACACCACAGCAUUUUACUCCUAAUAUCAUUGUGCUAAACAAGCCUCUGCUUAACUCCUCACUUGGUGCCAGCUCCUUGCAUCAAACACAUGUGACUCCUACAAUUAAUUUACUUGAGGAGAACCAGCAGCCAUCCAAUAAUGGCUCCAUAACUGAAGUGGAAGCAACUGCUGUUGAUGAAGAAGAGGUUGUUGAAGAUGAUGUUGAUAUCAUUAGCUCCUCUAGUCCUGGUUCGGUCAGCAGCAGCUCCUUGGUUCAGCAAUCUUCUGUUCCUAAGGCAGUGAGCACUGAAGGAUCUGGUGUACAGAAAAAACAGGUUGUUACAUUUUCACAAGAGUCGUCUGCUAAACCUGGAGAAUUUAAAAUAAAAAUCUCAGAUGUCCUUUCUGGAAACAACAAGGAAUUAAGUUCAGGUCUCGCAUCAAAGAAUGUGGCAGAUGGACAGAAAAUCAUAACAUUAGAUACAGCAACUGAAAUAGGAGGCUUAUCUACAGGCUGUAAGGUUUAUGCAAAUAUCGGUGAGGAUACCUAUGAUAUAGUCAUACCUGUAAAGGGUGAUUCUGAAGAAGGGGAAGCCAAGCCUGAUGACACACCCAAAAGGUCUGGUGAUGAAUCUCCAAAGGGGAAACGCAUGAAAGUAAAGCACGAUGACCACUACGAGCUCAUAGUGGAUGGCAGAAUCUACUAUAUUUGUAUCGUGUGCAAGAGGUCGUACGCAUGUCUGACGAGCUUGCGGAGACAUUUCAACGUCCACUCCUGGGAGAAGAAGUACCCGUGUCGCUACUGUGACAAAGUUUUUGCUCUUGCAGAGUAUCGUACCAAGCAUGAACUUCACCACACCGGGGAGCGAAGGUACCAGUGCUUGACGUGUGGCAAAUCUUUCAUCAACUACCAAAUUACGGCCUCCCACAUAAGAUCAGUUCACAGCCAAGACCCUUCUGGAGACACCAAGCUGUACCGGCUGCACCCCUGCAGGUCCCUGCAGAUCAGACAGUACGCCUACAUUAGUGACCGCCCCAGCAGUGUCCCGGUGAUAAACCAGGGUGGAAUUGUCUAUCGUGUUGGCUCAGGGAAGGAUGGCACUGAAGGAACAACAUCCAACCCUCCAGCCAAACAAAUCACCUGGGAUGACAUUUUUGUUCCGCAGGGAAGUGAAACAAUUUUUAAACAAAACCCGUCAGAGGGAAGUACUGAAUUUGAGUUUGUGAUACCAGAAUCUUACUGAAAUGUUUGAAAUGCUGGAAAAAGGAUUCAGUGCAGGAACAUUGCAGGUGUUUUAACUGAACUGCUGAAAUUGCUGUAAAAUCGAAGGUUAAACUCAAAAGUUAAGUUAAUUUGUUUUACCAAGUUACGAAAUGGUAGCACUAAGUUGGACCAUGUUAACUGCAGUGAUUUGUGGAAGCAAAUAAUCAGAAUAUUUACUUGAACAGAGAGUAAGACAUUGCUAAGGUGCUAGCAGUGUUUUCUGGUAUGUUAAAUUUGAUCAAAACAUGAGGAUUUGUGGCUUGCAAAUGUACAAUUUCUUCUAAAGAGGUAGAAAUAUUUCUAAAAUAAUUGAGGUGUUUCCUGUACCCAUACUUCCCAUGUAAACCCUUUCUUUCAUGUUAGCACUUUAAUGCUGAAUUCUGUUUAGAUGUUAACCAAGAAAACAGUAAGACUUUUUCAUCACAGUCCCUACGUCAUGGAACCAUUUAAAAAAAAAUAAUCCCACAAUUCACAUUUGGGAACAAGGGGCUAAAAUACAUGAUCCCCUAUUACACUGGAAUAGUCUGUUUUUGAGCUAGCAUCUUAACUCUGCUUUUAUAAAUAUUAUGAAUCUGUCUUCUUGCAAAAAGUCUUGUCAACAAGCAAUACUCUAUUAGGGCUAACUUGAACAAAUGUUACUUACGCUUGGCAGUAUGGUGAGCAAAGUAUUCAGUGUCCUGGACCAUGGUAUUUUACUCCUUUUGCAAUGGGAAAAAAACAAACUCCACAAAGCUCAAAGAAGCUUAGAACACUUAGGUAGGAGAUAAUUUUACUUCUUAAAGCUUGAUAAACAUUGUUGCAUUUUCUUACUGCUGGAAAAAAAUGCCAGUAGUUAGUUUUAUAUAAAGUACUGUUCCCUUUUUUUUUUUCCCCACUUCAAGAAGAAGGGCUUCAAAGGCUGGAAUUUAAAAAAUUUGUUGUAAUCAAUGAAUUAUAAUUAAUAAUAUUAUUUGUUUUUAUCUGAAGGCUUCUCAAAACUAUGAGUUCAUGUAAGAGCUGUUUUGGUGUAGCACUGAGACUGCUGAAGAUCUUUUAUGCCUGUUUGGCUAGAUCAGGUGAAACAGGGAUUUGGAUUUCCCCCCACACUUGCCCACAUUUAUACAUUUUGGAAGAUGAGGACUAAACCUACAACCAGAAAAUACCCUUUAUUCACCAUGACCCAAAAUAUAAUUUCUCUGCAGUUGUCUAGCUGUCACCUGUUUCCAAGUUUGGGUUUAUUAUGUUGCCAUUUUAUUCUCCUUGCAACUGGUGCCUGUUUAAGCAGUUAAAAGAUGAAUUAGAUGUCCAGCUUGAUCAUGCAAUGGUAGAGAAAAACAGCUGUUUACUGGAGUCAUAGUUUAGCAUUUCAGAGUUAGUGACUUGUUGAAUUUUUGUAAAUGGUAGUAGGAAAACUCAAAUUCUAGAGGUGACUGGGAAAGACUGUUGUGUAUAGUACUAGUUAUGGCAACCUUUCAUUGCUUCAAUUGCUGUUACAGGUUUCUCUUUUUCAUGUUUUAAGUUAGCAUCUGAUUUUAUGACUUUCAAAGUUAAAGGUUUUAGACAUACAGUACUCUUCACAGAAAGGCACUUAAAUGGUAAAUGUCUCAAAUGUAAGUUGAGCUACAAAAAAGAUACCAGAAAUCCAUGUGAGCAAUGAUGGGAAGAGGAUUUGUUUACAUGGUGCAUGUAACGCUCAGCACUUCUCUUUUGUCAGCCAAGAACAUGAUAUACCUGAUUAUUUCCAGAUCAUAUUGCAGAGCCCUUUGAAUACAAUGGAUCCUGCUUUAAAUGUGGGAUGUAACUGAGGUGUCAUUUCUGCAGUCAAACAUUAUCCUCAUGUGACAUGAGUGUGGAUCGCCUGUGCUGGUGCUAUGGUGGGACUUCCUGAACUUUGUGACGACACAAAUGCAAUGUUAUUUUUGUUAUUGAUAUGACACAUGUUUAAUCCCAGAAUAGUCUUGAGCUGGAAGGGACCCACAAGGAUCAUUGAGCCCAAGGCUUAAGUAAAUGGCCUGUAUGGGGAUCUGGAAUUAAGCAUACAUUAAAAAGUGCAGAAUUAAACAUAAUGGCUAUCACUAUUUGCUGCCAAUAUAUUUAAAACCUUAAAUUAAACUGUGCCUAGUAAAGGUCUCUUUUUGGAGGAAAACUGGAAAAUUAGGGCUUUUAACUAUUUUUGCUGGAAGACUCAUGCUUGCAUGUGUCUCAGGGUCUUCAGUUUUCCUUGGAAGUGAUUUUUGAUAUCCAAAGUCCAGAGGUAUUUGAAGCGUUUUUUUCUUAAUUUCACUUCUGGUAUUUAUUGGUUUGGAAACAUGUUAAAUCCAUUCUUUGAAAACUUUUUAUGGGGCCAUGAGUAAGCUUUUAUAUUUAGAUUUCUGGCUAUUGCACUUAUAUUUGUGUUUUUGUUUGUUUUUGUAAGCAUUUAACUUCCAGUUUAACUUAAUGAAAAAUUUUAUGUAAAUAUUAAGAAAUUGGCUUUGGGAUAAUGGAAGAAAAAGGUUGAAUCUGACAAAGCAUUUAUACAGAAAUUAAAAAUUUUAAAAUUUCAUUUAUUAUGCAUAUAAAACCAUUAACAGAUCUGCUGCAGAAUAUGGUGAUGGUAGCUGCAUCCUCACUCUCCGGUUUCUUUGGGGAUUCAUACCGUAAUAUUCCACUAUGUGAACUAAAUAAAUAUUGAAUAACAUCUACUGCUUAUUUAUUUUGUUCUGUUAAGGCAUGCAGCUUAUAUAAAGAUGCAGAAGCUGACAACUAUAUACAUUGAAUUCUGAGUUCUACAGCUAUUGCCUAGGAAAUGUUCUGUGUGAAACAUUCCUUGGUUUUUCCCGGUCUGUGAUGUAUAUAGUUGUACAGUCUUUCCUUAACAUACUUUUUUAAGUUGUGUCCUACUUUUCAUUAUUCGUGAUAUUAGUUCUUAGAGCUUUCUAUGGCAAAAAUAAAAAUGUUUAAUUCUCAA